AUGUUAACCAUCGAACCGGCGUUGGCCGGUUUCGCUGGUUUGAAAGAGGGCAACCACGUGCAAGCACCCGGUGCAGGUGACGAGUUCUUCCGGAUGACUAACGAGUUUGAUGGGCAGCAAAACCAGGAACGUUACAGUGCGUUUACGGCGACGAGCGAUCGCCGGAGUGUGGUGGAAUGCGGUGGAGUGUACAAGCGGCUACAGAGUGAAAUCCGUUCGCCAGGAUACCCCGAGGGAUACCAGGGAAACCUGUACUGCGAGUACACCUUCAAGUCUCCGUUUGUCUGUAGCAGUCAGUAUCACUUUCAGUUCAUAGAGUUUGCACUCGAACCGUCGCGGAAUUGCAGUAAGGAUCGACUUACGAUCGGUGAUGAGGAGAUCCUGUGUGGUACGGUUGUCGGAUCGAAGUUGUAUGAUGCACCCGGUGGCGUACUCCGAAUGAAGUUCGUCACGGAUGGGUGGGGUACGGGGCGGGGAUUCCACAUUCUUGUCACGAGGCAACCGUGCAGUGACGAUAAUGAGGCGGCGGAGUCAUCGACGGCGUAUACGCUGUUCACUACGAUCCAGGUCGCCGAUGACGCAGAAUCUAGUUCGGAGGAGCUCGUACCGACUACCGAAAUCCCGGUGGUGUUUACUUCCGGGGACGGAAAGGUUGUCAGUAGUCGGCAGGAUAUACCUCCGGAGUUUAAUCCUGGAGGCAAUGGAUAUUUGCCACCACCGACAAAUGUAUCCCCAACGUACCCCACGCCAACGUAUCCGACGUACCCAUCGUUCCCUUGCCCAGCCCCGUGCUAUCCACCGUGGGGUUGUACUGCGUCAAACUAUCCAACCAUUCCUACGACACCUCCUAGAGCUCCAUGUGAUCCUCGGUAUCAAUCCUGUCAACCACUGUACCCCAGCUAUCCAACAUACCCCCAGCAGCCGUCGGUGCCUUCUCCAAUCUGCCCGUCGAGUCCAUGUGGUCCUGGACAGAGCGGAACUCCAGCGUAUCCGCAAUAUCCUCAGUACCCUCAGUAUCCAUCAGCGUACUAUCCGGGCUAUCCGACGACAUCGGGCACGGAAGGGACCACGUCACUCGGUGGUGCCCCACCCGGCUAUGAACCGGUCAAGUCGGAAGAUCGUAGGCCGGAGUUUCCCGAACCCACAACGGAACGCGUCGAACCGGAGAGUCAGGUCGCGCUCGUUCCCGGCGUUCCUCUGCCUCGAGCAUGCUGCCGCAACUUGUUCACCCAGCGACGGUUCUACCUGUCCAGUGCAAACUUUCCCUCCCAGACUACCGUCCCCCAGGAUUGCGUCGUUCAGGUGCAGCGCUUUUCACCCCAAACGUGUCGGCUGGUGAUUGGGUUUAAGUUCUUCUUCCUGGGGAACAAUCAGAUCCCGGGCUGCCCGGACGGAUUCGUCGAGAUUGACGGGCAGCGCAUUUGCGGUUGCCGGACGGGACAGAUCUACCGGACCGCCGACUUUGGCCCUUACCCUACGAAAACGAUCCGCAUUCAAUCCCGACCGGGCCGGUUCCCGAUGGUGCAGGGUUUUGUGUUGGACGUUACGCAGGAGGACUGCGUGCCGCGUGGUCCCUUGAAGCGCAGCGAUACGGAGCGUCUGGUGGUGCCACGAUCGGUCAAUCCCGCAACCAGGUUCACCUACGAGAUGGGCCGCGUGGAAGGAAAACUGCUUCCGGUGAGGUCGGUGCAGACCACAAACAGUACCACCCAGACCGUCACCCACCAGAUGUACUAUUACAAUCUUGACGAAGCCCAACCGGUCGUUCGGCCUCAGGAGAGUCAAAUCCAGUACCACUACCGUCCGCCUGGAGAAUCGGAGAAGUUCGUCCAACCGCUCUAUCCGCCGGGGGCAGCUUCAGGACCUAACCAUUGUCUGUUUACCGCCGGUGAUUGGCUUCGAUUAAAGCUGGACUGGCUGUGGCUCUUCAAGCCGGUCUGUUUGGCGUAA